AUUGGCUGGGGGCCCUAGAGGCGGGUUCCGAGUUUGGCGCGGUGUUGUCCCGUGCGUCCCGGCUGGUGCGUGGCGGGCAGCAUGUCUCGGGCGAAUGGGGACGCGCGUGGGGACACGGUGGGAAACGGCACUGCUGCUGCCAGCCCCUUCAGCUUCAGCCCGGAGCCCACACUCGAGGACAUCCGCCGCCUGCAUGCUGAGUUUGCUGCUGAACGAGACUGGGGCCAAUUCCACCAGCCUCGGAACCUCCUGCUGGCCUUGGUGGGGGAAGUGGGGGAGCUAGCAGAGCUCUUUCAGUGGAAGCCUGAUGAGGAGCCUGGCCCCCAAGCCUGGUCCCCCAGGGAACGGGCAGCCCUUCAAGAGGAACUUAGUGAUGUCCUCAUCUACCUGGUAGCACUAGCAGCCCGCUGCCAUGUGGACCUGCCCCAAGCAGUGCUCUCCAAGAUGGACCUCAACCGCCGGCGCUACCCAGCACAUCUGUCCCGUGGCUCUGCCCUCAAGUAUACAGACUUGCCCCAUGGGGCCACCUGUGAAGACCAAGCUGUGGGGCCUGCAAACCUUGACCGUGAGUCCACAGGCGAGGCCUCAACCUAGAAAUAUGGGCACAGGACUUGCAACUCAGCAUGGCAUCUGAGAAACAGAAAGUGGCCUGGCUGUGGAACUUUGUUCUAGUCCUUUUCUAACAGAGCAUGGGUUUAGGGGCCUUACUUCCUAAGGUCUGAGGCCCAAGAACCUCCAGAAGACAGCCUCCUGGUAUUUUUGCUCUCAAUAAAAGUUUUGGUUAGCAA